AUGAUCACCAUGCCAUCAAGCGAGAAAUCAUUGCUCGUGAUCAAAUGGCUUCCGCCUGCCAAAAGAUCUCUCGAUUCUUGCUCUGGAUCGUUAAAACAUCGUCAACUUAACGCGCGAUCCGUUGCUCGUCGUGCAGAAGCUGCUCGUUCUCUCCGUGCCAAGCGCGAUAUCAAGACUUUGCCCAAGAAGUUCCGUCGUGAUCUCGCCACUCUUGAAGUCUACGAAGCUAUCAACCACAACCAAACCGGUGAAACUAUCCGCCAAGACGUUACUGAAGGACAAGCUGGUGUCCCUCUCCAUCUUGAGGUUCAAUACAUCGACAUCACAACAUGCGAGCCCGUUCCCGAGGUCUAUGUCGAUAUCUGGAACGCUAACGCCACUGGUGUCUACGGUGGCAUUAACGUCACUGGAAAUGUCGCCGAUGGUGGUUACGAUUCUACCUUCUUGAGAGCUACCGACUCUGACGGAGUCGCUACCUUCGAUACCAUCUUCCCGGCCAUUAUGAUGGACGUGCUACACAUACCCAUCUCCUCGCUCACUCUAACGUUACCGUCCUUGCAAACAACACUAUUCAAGGAGGCGCCGUUACCCACAUUGGUCAACUUUUCUGGAACGAGGUUCUCCGCAGCGCAGUCGAAGCCACAUACCCAUACAACACCAACACCCAAGCCGUUACCUCCAAUGCUUGAUGACAUGUGGUCCAUCGUCCAAGCCGAGAACGAUUUCGAUCCUUUCCCCGAAUUCAUGUAUUGA